GAACUGACGAGGAGUACAAAAGAUACCUUCAGUAUUUACAAUAAACGGACAUCAUGUGCGACUCUUUAUAACAUCACUAACUAAAGAUGAUGGAGGAUUUCUCAGGUCUGGCUUUACCUCCACUGUUUGGGGGUCACAUUCUGGAAGCGGAGCUGGAGACGGGUGGAGUGGAGCUGGGCCCCAGCGGCAGUGAGCUCCUGGAGGACGAUGGGGCCCCUGCCGGCCCCGCACAGGAUGGGGAAGACGAGAGGAGAGAGCUGGACAAAAGCAAGUAUCAAGCUCUCAGCAAGAGGUGCAAAGAGAUUGAACAGGUAAAUGAGAAGAUUUUGGGACGACUUCACCAGGUCCAAAGACUGACACGCCGACUGAGGAAAGAAAGAAGGUUCCUCAUGAAGACUCUGGACUCGUAUGGAGAUGAUUACAGGACGGCUCAGCUCACCAUCCCUCUAGAGGAUGAAGGAAAGGCUUUAGAUCCUGCUCUCGCUGGUGAUGAAGACGGCUCUUCUCCGGCGUUUGCUCUUCAGUCCGCAGGGGGACCCAAGAAAAAGAGGCAUCGGGUUCCCAAGGACAGAGAGAGAGACGCACAGAUGGAGUCGGAGCAGCCGGUCAUUACAGAGGGUCCGUUCACCGGAUUUCCAAGUCCUAGUUCCCUCUCUCACUGAUCCCAGUGCAGAAACACCGUCUGAACCUCCACUUACAGGGAAUCAAGCAACUGUGGAUUUUUUUUUUGUGGGGCUGAAU